CCUGAUCAUAGAGUCGGACCGUUUCCGGCCCCCUGGGGGCGGGGAAAGAGCCGGAAGUCCGGUGGGCUCCGGGCGUCGAGAUGGAGGAGGGCGCGUACGAGUCGGUUCUCUGCGUCAAGCCGGAGGUCCACGUCUAUCGCAUCCCACCGCGGGCCACCAACCGUGGCUACAGGGCUUCAGAGUGGCAACUGGAUCAGCCUUCAUGGAGUGGCCGGCUACGGAUCACUGCAAAAGGGCAGGUGGCCUACAUCAAGCUGGAGGAUAGGACCUCAGGGGAGCUCUUUGCACAGGCACCAGUGGAUCAGUUUCCUGGCUCGGCUGUGGAGAGUGUGACAGAUUCCAGCAGGUAUUUCGUCAUCCGCAUUGAAGAUGGAAAUGGGCGACGGGCGUUUAUCGGAAUUGGCUUUGCAGACCGAGGGGAUGCCUUCGACUUCAACGUGGCAUUACAGGACCAUUUCAAGUGGGUGAAACAGCAGUGUGAGUUUGCAAAACAAGCCCAGAACCCAGAUGAAGGUCCCAAAUUGGACCUGGGCUUCAAGGAGGGCCAGACCAUCAAGAUUAACAUCGCAAACAUGAAGAAGAAGGAAGGAGCAGCUGGGACUCCCCGAGCCCGGCCUGCCAGCACAGGAGGGCUGAGCUUGCUUCCUCCUCCCCCAGGGGGCAAGACCUCCACCCUCAUCCCACCUCCUGGGGAGCAGUUGUCUGCGGGGGGCUCCCUUGUCCAGCCAGCAGUUGCUCUUGGUUCAGGAGGUGCCUCUGUGUCUUGGCCACAGCCCAAGCCUGCCACUGCUGCCACUGCUGACAUCUGGGGAGACUUUACCAAAUCCACAGGGUCACCUUCCAGCCAGACUCAGCCAGGCACAGGCUGGGUCCAAUUCUGACCUGUACUACACUUUCUUCAUCCGACCUCUGGGAAGGAGCUGCCUCAUCUGGGUCCAAGGAAGGAAGCCAAAGCAUUCUCUGGCUGGCCCCUGGAGCAUCACUGUUCUCUCCUUGACAGACUAAGCAUAUGAGGCAGUGAAUUGGCACCAUGUCACACUGUUUCUGGGAUUCAUGUGUGUAUUUAGAACACAGGAGAAGAAAGACUCCAGAUCCCUACCCCUGACUGUCUUCUUGAUGUUAGGGGAGACUGAACCUUGCCUUCCUUCAUCAAAAUGGCCUGUAUUAAACACAAACUUCAAAGCAACAGAAUGAGUUUACAACCUGGAUUCAGAUCAGCCCUUCUCAGGGUUGGCAGGUGUCCUGGGAUCACUGUUGGGCAGGGGGCUUUUUGCACUCCCAUUGGCUGGAGCCACUCAGUCUGGUGCCUUCCAGAAAGAUUCCUUCCUAAAUUCUAGCAGGUCUUUAGGCUGCAGCUUGAACAGGCCCAUUGGGGAACAUUGGAAGGAUUAAGCAGCUUUUUAAAAUUUUUAAUAUUUUGCUUCGCUAAUGUGCUGACCUGCAUUAACACAUCUUUGCAAAAGGGGCCCAUGGUGUGCACAGCAAGGGCCUCUGAAGUUGCUUCUUGCUGCCAGCGGGUGCCCUGAGCUGCAGGAAGCAGUGCUCUCUGCUCACUCUCCUGGUUUCCAUGUCUUCCAGCCAGGCAGGCAGUGCAGGCACUGGAAACCAGAUAGGACGGUGUUUGGGCAGGAAGGUGGAAGCUUGUGGAUCUGAGGUCAGCUUUCUGCCCACUGACAGCUGUCUGGGCUCACAGAUCCACAGCAUAACUCCUGGCGAACUUGUGCUUUCACUGGUGGUCUCUGAAGUGCCUUAUCUACAGAUAGUCUUUUACUUUCUACAGAUAGCCUCUUACUAACUUCAGCGGUCUCCUUCAGCGACCAUGAGUAACAGAUAGAAGGAGCUCAGUGAACUGCAAGCCCAGGGUGGGCUGGAUUGCUGGUUCAUAAGAAAUCAUUUUAUCAUCUUGAAUGUGCCUCUGUUGUUUAUUGACUUAACCUGACCUCUCAGUUGAGAUUUCUUUUUUGAGGGUCAAGACCAUGAACUAAAAAAAGCAUUGACCCUUUUUGUGGGACCAGAUUUUUAAGGUAA